CAGAGAGACAGCAAAAUAUUUGCACUCACAUUCACAUUCACCUAACUCAGAUGGUAGCUUGAAACUCAUCACAUGCCUUAAGUCCCUUACUCCCUGUAUUAUUUUAGGAAAGCUUGUGAGCACUUCAUGUCCAUUAGAACUUAGCCCUCCUAGAGUUGUGGUGAGAUUUGGAGACUCCUUAUCAGCCAACUGCACCUCAUCAUCUAACCAGACUGAAGGAAUAGGAUGGGAGUCUCCAUAUGGAGGAGUGGACCUUAUCUACAGUGUUUCUUCUCUUCCCUUUAAAAUUGACUCUGUGCCAGUGUGGGAGAUAGGGCCAAUGUGUUAUGUAAAUCUCCAUGAUGGUGAUCAGUGUGUAGAAGUGUUACCAGUCACUGUUUAUAAAAUGCCAGACAGUGUGUCUCUGAAGAAUUUACGUACAGUGGAAGAAGGCCAACAGUUUGCCAUACAGUGUGAUGUUGUUAAUGUUGCACCAGCAAGAAAUCUCUCUGUGCUUUGGCAUAAAGGAAAUUAUAUCAUGAAAUCUGAGACAUUUGAUGAGUCCAGUCCAUCUAACGUCAGUAAGUCAUCUGUCCUCACUCUGACUGCUCAUAGAGAUGAUGAUGGAGCUGAGAUCAGGUGUGAAGCAAAGCUGAACUUGUGGCCAGAGGAACAAGGUCCUCCUCCAGUGCGUUCAGAGGCGCAUACUCUGACUGUACUCUACCCACCAACAUUCACCAAUGCUUCAAAUGAGAAUUUGGAAAUGACAGUUGGGAGCAAAAUAUCUUUAAAUUGUACAGCUAGAGGAAACCCUGUGCCAUCCUACCACUGGCAAUUCCCAAACUUCACACAAGUGUGGUACAGGAGUCAUGAUGUAAAUCUUCCCAUUUUGACUGCAUCAUCUGAGUUUCCAGGGGUCUAUACCUGCACCGCCUCAAACAGCCAGGGCACCGUGACCAAAUACUUCAUCAUCACUGAAGCUCCACGAGAGCCAACAGUCGUUGCAGCAAUAGUCAGACUACUUGUGGCCUUUGGACUCCUGCUCUUUCUUGCUUGUCUAGUUUUUCCGACACAUAGAGGCAUAUUUUCAUGCAAGAAAGUCGACUAUCUCCAAGGACAACCCACCUCAUCAGUACCAGUAUAAAACUAAUUUGAAUGGGUGCAUGCUUGUUUUAAGACUGUAGCUGUAAAAUGCACCAUCUUGUCAGCUAUCGCUAAAGCUCCACUAAUCAAGACUGCUGUCCAAACAAACAAAUUUUAUCUAGCAGAAACGUGUUUAACAGUAACACUGUGAGUGUAAACAUGUGUAUGAACACAACAGAUUAAUAAUCAGAUUUCAUCCUCAGCUAUUCAUUUAUUUUAACUUAACUUGGACAGAAAUAAGAAGGAACAAAUUUGUCUCUGACUUUCAACUGAAAGUUUUUCUAAUUCUAAUUUUAGAAAACCGCUUGUGAUUUUUAUCAUGUCUUUAUACACGCCUGUGUUUUUUUUCUCUCAGAAAACAGGAAAUGUGAGAAAUUUCAUUGCAUGUUCACAACAUUUUAUGUGUUCAAUUUAAUGUAUGAUCCACACACAUCUUUACACCUUUUAGAUAGUUUUGCAUGUGUAAAUCAGGGAAUGAGCUGACUCGUUUUCUGCACCACAUAACGGAGGAAAGUUUUAUAUUUAAUUUCCUUCUAUGCACGCUUGGUGAAAACUUGAUGUGGUUCUUAAUUUUGAGCAGUUUCAUUGCAUGCAUAGGUAAGUGUGUUUUCUUAAAACUACCAGAAUAUAUCUGUUGUUGUUAUGUAAUCAUAUAAAAUUCAUCUUUGGAUAUCAUUUUUUUAAAAUUAAUUCAAUUUCAGCCCCAUUUCUUAAGGAGAUGAACACUGAAAGUGCAAAGCUCUGGUUUUAACUACUCCAUUUAUCAGUUUAACUGUUAUUAAUGCAAAUAAAUGGUAUUUUUGGAGCCUAAACAUGCUUGAAAACUUGUGUUUUGCACACAGCUGUGGAAGGAGUGUAAGGUCUGGUUUACUCCUACGUUUCAGAGUCAAUUCAAGGUGGUAACAUUAAUUCUUUUUUAUUUUUUAUUUUCUAUGAUUUGAUCACUUCAUCUGAAAGGGGGCUUGUUAAACUAUUAGAAAAAUGUACUGAUUAAUCUGAGGAUGUUAUGCUAAAACAAUUUUGUUGGGGUUGCUACACAUUACUCAUUACUUUUUCUUAAAUUAAUGCAGUACGUUAGUUAAUUACUCAACACAGAAAGUAAUCAUUUGCGCUAUUCAUUACAUUCCUGUUACUCAGUAAAACGACUUGAAAUGCACUGUCCCAUAAUUAACAGCUACCAAUAUAAAACUGAGGCUACAGUUCCAUGCACAAACAGAGAUCCCUAUCAAAAUGAGGACACACGCUGGAUCUCUGUUUUACUUUUUAUGUGUGAAAACAAAGCCAGCAACACAGAGUAAAGAUGAAAAGCACUAUGUAGAGAUUUCAAAGCGAUUGCCACAGUGAUUAUAUUGUAGAUGCACAUACAAGUGCAAAUACAGGCUCAUUACUGCCUUUGUUGCCUGCUGAAGUUUAGGAUCUGGCUGCAAAGUAAUUGACUUGCCAAAAGGGAUUUCUGAUGAUUCUGUGUUUUUAUGCCAAGUAUAUUUAGUCAUAUUGGUAAAAAGACAGAAUUUACAAAGUGGUUAGGUAUAAAAUAAAGAAAUGACCUGUUUUGCAAGUAUCUUUAUGUGUUUGCAUUGUUGUACAGAAAACAUUAGGCCGUGUUUUGUUGAGAGUGGGAGGUUUGUAACACAUUUGGACAUUAUUCAGUCUUAAGGCUUCUUCAGUUGUAAAUCUUGCUCCUCUAGGCCUGUUUCACAAUAAAACAUUACCAUGUAGUGAUUAGAAAAGAAAAUUCAGAGUAAAAUCAAAGCCUAAAUAUGAAAAGGAUAUGCAAAUUAAUGUAUCCAUGCAUCCAGAAUACCAGCAGAGCUGUAAUGAUGUGCUAAAUUUAUUUAUUUUUUUUAUUUUUAAUUGUUACUAUUUGACCAUAUGCCUAAUUUAAAUGUUGCUGUAUCAUACUAGGAAAGCCUGUGAGCACUUCCUGUCCAUUAGAACUUAGCCCCCCUAGAGUUGUGGUAAGGUUUGGAGACUCCUUAUCAGCAAACUGCACUUCAUCAUCUGACCAGACAGAAGGAAUGGGAUGGGAGUCUGUGUAUGGAGGAGUGGACUUUACCCUGGGCGUCACUUCUCUUAAGAAUUGACUCUGUGCCAGUGUGGCAGAUAGGACCAAUGUGUUAUGUGAAUUCCCGUGAUGGUGAUCAGUGUGCAAAACUGUUGCCAGUCACUGUUUAUAGUACGUAGCCUUACAUGUCUAAGUAGGUCAAUAUUAUUAUUUGGUCACUGAACAACAUGAAUUCAUUUUAUUUCUUUUUGUUACAGAGAGGGCCAUUUUCUUGCAAGAAAAGUGACUAUCUCCAAGGACAACCUACCCCAUCAGUACCAGUAUAAAAACAAAUUUGAAUGGUUGCAUGCUCAACUAUCAGCUUUCUUCAUAGCUCCAUUCAUCCAGAUUGCUGUCCUAAAAAACAAAAAAACAUUUUCAAUUUCAAGAAAUUGUUUUCAUUUGUUUUAAUUUCCAUAUGGAUUAACAUGGCAUUGGAAUGCUCCAUAAUUACUGCAACAAAUGUACUCAGACAUAUGAGUUAAUUGCAUUUGUCUAACGUAUCAAUAAAAUGUUCUUGAAAAAGAAA